CAUCCUUCAAUAAACUAAGAUGAUAUUCUUUUAUAAAUAAUUAUUGUUAUAACGGGUUAAGAUCCAAGCCCAAUAAGUAAAACAUCCUUUUAAUUCCCCUAAUUCUGUGUUACCCUUCAAUUCCCCAUCGGAGAAUCAUCGGCGGGAAGUAAUGGAGCGGGAAGUGUUAGAAGCUGAAUUAGUACUUCCAACUCACAUGAAAUUCAAGAAGAUUCAGAUGUACGAUAAGUACCCUAAAGGACAAGCUAGAGGCAGGCACUGGAAACAUCUCAAGCAGAUUAUACAAGCAGAAAAUUACGAAAAUUAUCCUCCUCACCUACCUACUUAUGUUAACAUUGAAACACCACCUUCUAUGCAUCCAGGCAAAAAGAUAUGCGACAUAACAGGAUUUGAGGCACCAUAUUUUGACCCAAGAACUAAACUCCGUUAUGCUAAUACCGAGGUUUUCAAGAUAAUAAGGUCUCUCCCUAACGACUAUGUUCAGAGGUACUUGGCUCUCAGAAAUGCAGCUGUUGUUUUGAGAUAGGUGCAGACUGCAGAACAGAAAGUUGUAAAUUUAUGUGGAAAGUAGAGGACAUUUGAAGUUGCUGUUUCUGAAUGCUCAGGUGCAUAACUGUACUUUGACUUGUAUUAAGAGAAGAAAUCAUAGCCUAAUUUUUUUAGAUCUGUUAAAACUGCUAUGGGAAUUUAGUACUGAAUUGGUUCUUUGAUC